AACUACUCAAAUAAAGCCAGUCAAUAGUGCAAAUCCAAUUUGAAUGUUUCGACUUAAGCAGCUGCUGGAAAGUGUGUGUGUGUGUGUGUGCGAAAAGAAAAUGUUCAUAUUAAGACGUCCAAUGCUUUUGAUUUGGUGCCUGGUUAUGUUUGUGGGCCUGAUGAAACUACACUGCCAUGGUGUACCAACUGCCACUGGAAAUCAAACAACACUAGCAACAAGCACGCCAGCCAAUGAUACUACAAGCCUAGAUACGCUAAUGACACUCAAUGAAGGCAAUGACCAGGAAAGUGUACAUUAUAAAAGUGAAUUCCCAACAACAACAACUGACACAAGUAUGCGAAAAGAGGACAUAGUGGCAACCACUGCAACCACUUAUGAUCAACAUGCUUACGUCACUAAUAACAGCAUCGACAUUGCGUUGACACCGAUGAUGAGUCUUUUACCGCCUAAUGUGGCUUUCAGCUUAAAAGCGUCCGCGAAAAUGGCGGAGAAGGCCACAGCUUCGACUGCUGCCACUGUCGACAGAGAACGCGUGCGAAGUGAAGAGUAUCAACAACAACAACAUGAGAAGCAACAGCAACAACUACCAACCAUUACACGCGCAAUGCAAGUUGCACGCAUCUACGAAUCCUUUCGCGCCUUGCCCGAAUUCGACGUGCAUAGCACCUCCGCCGGCGACAGAACCCAGCGCUUUAAGCGCAUGUCGGACUUAACCACUGACGACACUCCGCACGCAACAGCCAACAACAUUGGUAACAUAACUGCAGCGUGGCCGCCAACAACAGCAGCAGCAUCAUCGACCACAACAACGGCAAGUGUGGAUGCCAAUGUGACAACAGCAACAAAUAUGCGGAAACGCACCGCAUCGGCGGAUAUGUUGAGUCGCAACAUUUCCAUCAUUUUGGAGAAUCUGCUUAAAAGCUAUGAGCAAUCACAACUGCCAACGCACGGACAAGGCAUUCCGACAGUGGUGCGUACCAACAUACUCAUACGCAGCAUGGGUCCAGUCUCGGAGCUGGAUAUGGACUACUCAAUGGAUUGCUACUUUCGCCAGUAUUGGCAUGACAAGCGUUUGAGCUUCCAGGGGCCGAUACAGAGUCUGUCACUCAGUAUUAAGAUGUUGGACAAAAUAUGGCGACCAGACACGUACUUCUUCAAUGGAAAACACUCACACAUACACACAAUUACUGUACCCAAUAAGCUGUUGCGAUUGGAUCAAAAUGGCGGUAUUCUAUACUCGAUGAGGUUAACAAUUAAAGCGACAUGCCCCAUGGAACUGAAAAACUUCCCGAUGGAUCGGCAAUCCUGUCCAUUAAUAAUCGGCAGCUACGGUUACACAAAUCGCCAACUAGUCUACGAGUGGAAGGGUGAGGAUGACGCGGUGUCCUUUGUGCCCGGCAUGACAUUGAAUCAAUUCGAUUUGAUAAGCAUGAAACAGCGUAACUCCACCUACACCAGACGAGAGGGGGACUUUUCAGUGCUGCACGUGGCCUUCAACCUUAAACGACACACAGGCUAUUUUCUCAUACAGGUUUAUGUACCCUGCAUUUUGAUCGUCGUGCUGUCGUGGGUCUCCUUCUGGAUACAUCGUGAAGCUACGAGUGAUCGUGUUGGUCUCUGUGUGACCGCUGUGCUCACACUCUCCACGAUUAGUUUAGAUUCGCGCACCGAUUUGCCGAAAGUUAAAUAUGCUACUGCUUUGGAUUGGUUUCUCUUGAUGAGCUUUCUCUAUUGCAUUGCGACGUUGUUGGAGUUUGCGGGUGUGCAUUAUUUUACAAAGGUGGGCAGCGGUGAGAUACCCAUAAGCGAGGAUGAAUGGGAGGACAUUGACGAAGCUGCAGCUGACGAUGAUGAAGGUGAAGAGGACAUACAGAGUUGCUCGGUGAAACACAGCAAUGAGUCUGUUUGCGAAAUUCCACACACUUUGGCUGGCAACUUUUGCAAACGCAAUGCGAUGAUAUGCCCGAUUUAUAAUGACCCCACACAGAUUUUUCCAGCUCCGUCCUCACAUGCCUCCACAAUGGAACGUACCACACAAACAGAGCCACCAGUAAUAUCUAAGGCAAGACAGAUGUGGCUUUGUUUUAUAGGCGAUGAUAAAUUUCGACGACAGAGAGAACGUGAUGCGGCGGUGACUAAAGGAAGUCGCUAUGUGAACAGCGUCUCGCUGAUAGAUCGUGUUUCGCGUGUUGCUUUCCCAAUGUCUUUUGCUUUCUUCAAUCUGCUCUAUUGGCUGGCAUAUGGAAUGUACAAAAAGGAGUUCACCUGGCAAACAGUAAAAGGUUAAGGUUGAAAAAGUAAACCCAUAAUAAUCUGGAGCCACGAACGAAUAUUUAUUUUAAACACAUUAAUAGUUAAAUAAAAAUCAUAUCAUGAGCUAUUAAUAUAAAUAUAGUAUAUUCACAAAUUGAGCUUAAAAAUUUAUGAAAAACUAAUACAUGAUUUAUAUGAAAUGGGAAGUGGAGACACAAGUAUUUUUUGGCCCAUUUACCAAACAAAAAACUCAAACAAAUCGAAAAUAAAUACCAAACAAAGGAGAUAGUUAACAAAAUAAUAGCAAUAAAUACCAAAUAUUAACUAAGCAACGAGCUUCUUUUAUAUUCAAUUAGCAAAUGUAGUGAUUACUGAUAUUAUAAUUAUUUACAUAUAUAACAGUAAAUAUUAUAAGCAAGCCAUAUGCUAAUAUACUAUUAUAGAAAAAUAUAUAUAUACAUUUAAAUAAGCUUGGAUUAAAUUAACUUGCCAAUAUUGCAAAAAUAUGAAUAUUUUAUAUUUACAUACAAACAAAAUUGUGUAGACGUAGCUUUAUAAAAAAAAGAGAGUGGAUCAAAUUGUUUAAGGAUUUUUGUUACCUUGAUAAAAUUUUCGCAAGAGAUUUUAUGUAUCUUUGUUAAGGGGUUACAUGGGUUUCAUGGAUACAAAAAAAACUUUUUUUUUUGUUUUUGCUUAUUAAUUUCUUCAAUACCUGAAUUAUUCUUCAUCAUAAAUCCAAAUAAUAGUUUCGGAGAUACAACCUUUGGAAGGUGUGCGUCGCAAGUCAGGUAUUAAAUCAUGUUUUUCUCGGAACCAUGUUUUCAAAUCGGUUGUCAAAUGUUCUCAAAAGCUACUUAACCGAUUUUUGUGAAAUAUUGAACAGGUG